GAACAUUUGAUUUGAGAGUGUUCUUAAUAAUCCUAUUCUCCGAUGUUCAUCGUUUUGGCUUGGGGAUAACGCUGAUUGAUGGCUUCUUCGAUAUCCUUAAAGCCGACGAACCUUCUCCUCUCGUCUUUCUCUACAGGCAGAGUCCUCCAUCUCCGCCGCGCCCGUUUCACCCACAGACCUUCUUCUUCUUCUUCGUCUUAUCGUCGGACUCUGGUGGCUCAAUUCGGGUUCAGUCAAGGUCCCGUGUAUCUCGAUUUGAUCAAAGAACAUGCUCAGAAUCUUCUCUACACGAUCGGUGAUGAGACUUUUAAUUCUGUUUUCGGCACUACCACCACGACUGACCAGACCAGUGAUUGGUUCACUGGUAUCGCCAAUUACAUGGAAACUAUUCUCAAGGUUUUGAAAGAUGGGUUAUCUGUACACGUUCCUUAUUCUUAUGGUUUCGCUAUCAUUCUACUCACUGUACUUGUUAAGGCUGCUACCUUCCCAUUGACCAAAAAGCAGCAGCUAGACUACAGCCUUGUCCAGUGCCAGGCUCUUGUUCUUGCUCCAACCAGAGAGCUUGCUCAGCAGAUUGAGAAGGUCAUGAGGGCUCUUGGUGACUACCUUGGCGUCAAGGUACACGCAUGUGUCGGUGGAACCAGUGUCCGUGAGGAUCAGCGUAUUCUCCAAGCUGGUAUUCAUGUUGUUGUUGGAACUCCAGGACGUGUCUUUGACAUGUUGAAGAGACGGUCUCUCCGUGCUGAUCACAUCAAGAUGUUUGUUCUUGAUGAAGCUGAUGAAAUGCUCUCUCGUGGUUUCAAGGACCAGGAGGGACAUCCACCACUCGGAUGGUCAGACACAUUAGCAUAUCUUUCACCACUCGGAUGCUCAUCUUCUCUCAGUAUCUCUCCAUUCAGAUUAUGCAAUCCUCUCAGCCACAAAAUUUGUUACGUUAGAGAAUUAAAACCCCGCAAAGAUAUAUCGUGUAUUGAAGUUAAGAUUAUUCGCUUGUGGAGAAGUUAUAACAAAGAAUCUGGAAACACCAUCGAAAUGGUUUUCGUUGAUAAAGAAGGGACAAGAAUCCAUGCUUCAGUUGGUGAACAGCUCAUCAGAAAAUAUGAAGAUGAUCUAACUGAGGGCAAUGCCAUAGUCGUCCACUUAUUCAAAGUCUAUGAUGCGACAUGUGAUUAG